GGGGAACGUGACCAAAUUCACCUUGCAUUCCCUUGAAGGUCAGAGGAACAUUUUUGAAAUUUGUUUCAGACUCGCAAUCAAAUCGCAAUUUUGUUUUUAUUAGUGAUAUACGGAAAUCGAUACAUUGUGAAACCAUGGGUCGUAAAUUCUUUGUUGGUGGUAAUUGGAAAAUGAAUGGUACCAAAAGCGAAAUAGAUGGUAUCGUAGCCUUUUUAAAAACGGGUCCGCUCGAUCCAAAUGUUGAUGUUGUCGUUGGUGUACCAUCGAUAUAUUUGACAUACGUGAAAAACAUAUUACCUAGCAAUGUUAGCAUUAGUGGGCAAAAUUCAUAUAAAGUUGCAAAAGGAGCAUUUACUGGAGAAAUCAGUCCUGCUAUGCUUUUGGACAAUGGAAUUCCAUGGGUAAUUCUUGGUCAUUCGGAACGUAGAAACGUUUUUGGUGAAACAGAUGAAUUAGUAGCAGAUAAGGUGGCUCAUGCUUUAGAAGCUGGACUAAAGGUAAUUGCUUGUAUCGGGGAAAAGUUAGAAGAGCGUGAAUGUGGAAAAACUGAAGAAGUAGUCUUCAGACAAACUAAGGCUAUUGCAGAUAAAAUCAAAUCUUGGGACAAUGUAGUUGUCGCUUAUGAACCGGUAUGGGCAAUUGGAACAGGCAAAACAGCCACACCUCAGCAAGCUCAAGAAGUUCAUGACAAACUGAGAGACUGGUUCUGUAAAAAUGUCAAUCCAACAGUUGCAGAAACUAUUAGGAUUAUAUAUGGCGGAUCAGUGACAGCAGAUAAUGCAAAAGAUUUGGCAAAAGAAAAAGAUAUCGAUGGAUUCUUAGUUGGAGGAGCAUCUUUGAAACCUGACUUUGUACAAAUUGUUAAUGCAAAACAGUGAGAUCAAAUAUUCUGUAAUUGCAUAAAAAUGUUAUUUGUUUCAUAACUAAUACGUAAUAGAAAUGCAUAUUUUAAGAAGUACUAUAAAGAAUUAACUUAUUUUUUUUGUUUACAUAGAGAAAUAUUGGGAUCAUGUCAUUGCAGCAAAAGAUUCUCAAACUAAUAAUAAAGUAUAUAUUAUCA